UUUUCUUUUUCGCUUCGCUGUUUUAGCAGUCUCCACUCUCCCGCUUGUUCACUCUGUUCAGCUAUUUCUUUUACGUGAUCGGCCGAAUUCACCCAACUCACCUUCAGCUCCGAGUCGCAGAUAGAUUAAGAUCAGAAAGAUGGCGGGAGAACACAAGGUCGAAAUUCCCAGAGUGAAACUGGGAAAUCUAGGACUUGAGGUCUCAAAGUUGGGGUUUGGCUGUAUGGGCCUAACUGGAAUCUACAAUGCUCCCGUCUCUGAGGAGAUUGGUAUUUCAAUAAUCACGGAUGCUUUUAGUAAAGGAAUCACAUUUUUUGACACAGCUGAUGUUUAUGGAGCCAAUGCCAAUGAAGUCCUAGUAGGAAAGGCACUGAAGCAGUUGCCUCGAGAGAACAUCCAGCUGGCAACUAAGUUUGGUAUUUUCAGAAUGGAGCCAACUCAUCUUGUAGUUAAGGGUACUCCUGAAUAUGUCCGUUCAUGUUGUGAGGCUAGCCUGAAGUGUCUGGAUGUGGAAUAUAUUGACCUUUAUUAUAUACACCGGAUAGACACAUCAGUACCAAUUGAGGAAACUAUGGGGGAACUUAAAAAGUUGGUGGAAGAGGGGAAGAUAAAAUACGUUGGGUUGUCUGAAGCUAGUCCAGACACAAUAAGGAGGGCACAUGCAGUUCAUCCCAUAACUGCUGUACAAAUGGAGUGGUCUCUCUGGACUCGUGAAAUUGAGGAAGAGAUUAUCCCACUUUGCAGGGAACUUGGCAUUGGAAUAGUGCCAUACAGCCCUCUUGGUCGGGGCUUCUUUGCUGGGAAGGCAGUAGUGGAAAGUUUACCUGCAAAUAGUUUCUUGCCCUCACAUCCUAGGUUCAAGGGGGAGAACUUCGAAAAGAACAAAAUCUUUUUCACUCGGCUUGAAAACUUGGCUGUGAAGCAUGGAUGCACUCCUGCUCAAUUAGCACUAGCAUGGAUUCUCCACCAAGGGGAUGAUGUUGUCCCUAUCCCUGGAACAACCAAAAUUAAGAACCUUGAUCAAAACAUUGGCUCGGUGGUGGUUAAACUCACUGAAGAAGAUUUGAGAGAGAUUUCUGAUGCAAUACCUAUCAAUGAGGUGGCAGGCGCAAGAACCUAUGAAAAUAUGUUACACUGGUCGUGGAAGUUUGCUGAUACUCCCGCAAAGGAUUGCAAAAUCACUAGUUAAGUCAUUCAUGUAAGAGGUCUACUUUGCUUUCAGAGUAUGAGAUCUAGUAAGUUCUCUUCUCUUUUGGGGUUAAUCCGCUCACGACAAUGGAAAAUUUAUCGUUGAGAAUUGAAUUUAUAUCUCGAGAUUCUGAACAAUGUUGUGAUCCGGCCUUCUUGUUCCUCACUGAAUUUUAGUAAGAUGACCAUGCACUUUUUUAAA